AUGGGUGCAGCUGAGAGCAAAUUAUCUGAAAAAGUGGAUGAGAAAGGAAUUAAAAAGGAAAUUGGCGAAUGUCCAGUAGUUAUCUAUACAAAAUCAGAAUGUGGUUAUUGUAAAAUGGCAAAAGAUUUACUUGAGAAGGAAAGGAUUAAUUAUAGAGAACACGAAUUGGGACAUUUACAACGUGAAGAUCCUGAAGGAUAUCAGAAACGCGUUAAUGGAUUAGUUUACAUUACCAGACAUAAAACAAUGCCUCAAGUAUUUAUUUGUGAAAGUUUUAUUGGAGGUUUUACAGAACUCAACAAACUUGCUCAAGAAGGAAAACUUAAAGAAGAAAUUAGUCGAUCCAACUCUAGCUCGAUAUAUUGGCAUCAUCAUUCCACGUUUUCCAAUUCUUGCUAA